AUGGGCUUGGGCCGGGUCCAAAGUAACCUGGCCCAAAAUAAAGGAGGUAAGACGGUUCGAGAAUAAGUUUGAAGCGUAGCGGAAUGUAGACCGUGCACGUUUAACUCAUCCAUACCGUUAACGUUCCAUGGAGAGCGAUCAUCACCGUCCACGUUGAUUUUAUUGACCCUUCAUUGACCAUAUCAGUCAGUUGCCGGGAACGAAUCCAUUAAAAGGAAAAAUAUCGUGCCCGUUGGAUCGGAAUCUUUCGGUGUGGACGAUCCAAUCGGCAGCCAUAACGAUUGCCAUUUUCGAUUUUUGUUGCAUCUUUUUUGUUUUUGUGCUGUCGAAGGCCCUCUGCGUCCUUGAAAUCGACGAAACCCUAGAUGAUCUUCCUCAAUGGUUGGCAGAAAUCUCGUAGAAAUUAGGGAAAUGGUGAUUGUUGCAGCCGGAAAUUAAGUAAAAACUGGCUUCUGCUUCUUAUUACGCGCAGCCAGGCGGGAGCAAUUCGUGCUAGCUGGGCGGUUUCGGUCCAGGUACGUGGUUCCCUGAUUCACAAUCGACCGAUCGCAUGCUCGGACGAUUUUCUGAUUGUUUAGUGAUCUUUGCAGGCUUUUACUUCUGAGGAUCUCCUGUGCCCAUGGAUGUAAUUCCAGUUUCAGAUCUCAAAUCAUGGUUUUGCAUCAGGUCUCACGUAUGAUGGAAGAUGCAAAUUGGGGGUUCGGGUGUUCUUUUUCCGGACUGAGAGCUUUAAAUGGAAAAUAGCGAAGAAAAGCAUGAUGGCAGUCAUCCAACUCGAAAAUCGAAAUCGUUUGAUCUACUUGGUUUGCAUGAGGAAAAAUCAGAGGCUUCCAUCAGAAGCCGGGAAACUCGCCCAACUGAGGAAAACGGUAUUCCCGAUGGGCAUUUGAGAAAAGAGCGCAGAAAUGAUUCACCUCCUAGUGCUAUCCAAUCAGCUGUCAAGACGCACCAUGAGGAUUCAAACAUCUCAGGAUCUUUCUCGUAUGGGUUUGAUUCCGGCAUUGAAAAGUCAUAUAGUCUGAGUGGCUCAAGGGGCAUUUCAUGCAUUCCCCCCGGUGAAAGUAAUGCUUCUGACGCUCUGGAAAAUGUUACAGUGUCGCCCCCUCAGAAGACGGAUAAAUCAAAUCUCAGUAGUAAUGGUCGAUAUCUGAGCAUUCUCGGUGGUGAUGCUAGUAUUCCGAGGCGACCUCGUGGUGUCCUAAAACGAAAGAAUUCCCCUACCAUCAUAAAGGAGGCAUCUGGUCUCUUUACCUCCAUCCGUAAGAGCAAAUCUCGUUCUUCCAACAGUAAAUUAUCUAGUCAUCCAAUUAUCCCUACUCAACAGGAUCGGUUGUUUGUUGGCAAGAGGAAGAAAAUAUAUGAUGAUAAGGAGAAUGGGUCCAGCAGGUGUAAUUCAGUUGAACACUCUAAGCAGGAGAAUGCGACUUCAUUGCACAAGAUUCAUAAGAAGACCAAAAGAAGCCGUAGACAGAGGCAGGAUGCAUCAACUGGGAAACUAAAACACGUUGUCGGUGAAUCCAUUUCAUUUGAGGACUACAAUGAAGAUGAUGAAGAGAGUCUUGAACAGAAUGCUGCUAGGAUGCUUUCAUCUCGUUUUGAUCCAAGAUGCACAGAGCUUUCUGGGGAUAAAUCAAGUUUUCCUUCAAAAUCACUGGCUAAGUCGUCGUCAUGUUCUCCCUUGACCCAGGGAGGUCGUAAAAGCUUGGGAUCCGUAUUGUCCUCUCCAAAUGCUGAAGGUAGAGCAUUGCGACCAAGGAAAAAAAGAAGGAAAGGUUAUGUCAAGGAACAAAGGCACUUUUAUGAGGUUUUCACAAGGACUGUUGAUCCCUAUUGGGUUUUAGAACGCAGGAUUAGUGUCUUUUGGCCUCUUGACCAGAGUUGGUAUCUAGGGCUUAUUAAGGAUUAUAAUCCCAUAACAAAGUUGCAUCAUGUUAAAUAUGAUGAUCGUGACGAAGAAUGGAUCAAUCUCCAGGGUGAAAGAUUCAAACUUCUGUUGCUUCCAAGUGAGUUUAUGAGCAAGUUUUGUCAAGGUAAACUGGAAUUCACAGUGAAAGAAGAAAAUGUUGAUGGUACACUCAGCACUAUGGAUGAUAACUGUGCGAGCAGUGUUUUAGAAUCAGAGCCCAUCAUAUCAUGGCUAACUCGAUCAACUAGUCGACUGAAAACAUCCUCCAGUGGUAUUUUGAGGGAUAAAAGAAAGUCAUAUCUCAAGAAAAAUAUCUCUCCUUCUCUUCUAGACAAAAAAGAGCAUGCUAUUGGCUGCCCAUCUGGUACGAAUUCCAAGAUGCAUUCUACUGUCAACAUGCCAGAUGGAUUAACAGAUGAAAAAACUGUUGAAUUUCCCCGGGCAAAGAAAAAAAGAAAUUGCUAUGACGAUAUGAAAUUUACUUUUGUCUACUUCAGGAGGCGCUCUGCCAAAAAGUUGGAAACAUUAGAAAAUAAGUGGGAUAAGAAAGAUGAACUUUGCGACUUACCUUAUUCCACGAAGCUUUCUGCCUCUGUUCUCGGUGGUUAUUGCUCUCUUAAUCAUGAAGCAUCUGAUAUUACCUUCACUACCCUGAAACAUAGAGAGAAAAAAUUGAAGUUCAUGUUACCACUCCGAUGGGUUCCUUGUCUUGCAUGGCUGUCUGAAUAUUCUUGGUUAUACAAAAAAAUUCUUCUGUAUCACCAUGGCAAAUUAUUGCCUCUAUGGCCACCAAUUUGCAUGGAGAUAGUGUUUCUUGAUAACAACUUGGGGCUGAGGUUUCUCUCUGUUAAAGGGCAUUUACUACAUGCAGUUACAGUUCUGUGUCUGUUCAUCAGAAUAUUUCAUCAGCCUAAUUGGUGCAGCAAGUUCACUGCGCCACAGCUGCCAUUGACAUCAAUUGGAUUUAAACUUUCACCUUUGCAAGGUGAAGGGAGGCAGCUUUUUUUUUAUGUGUACAAGUUUUUGAACACAGAGAGCUCUCAUUGGCUCUACUUAGGCCGUAAGCUCAAACAACUUUCUGUGAAAGUAAAGGUCCUGCCACUCUCUGAGUGCGUGUAUGCAAAUCUGAAGGAGUUUUUUCGUGCUAAUGAAAAAAGGCCCUAUAAUUCAGAUGGCUGGCAACCGAUCACAGUGGAGGUGCUUCUUCGUCUUUUAAUCUACUCUGAUUCCCUAUUGCCAAUGAAAAAGGAAACAAGCUCCCUAUAUUUUACAUUUGAUGCCAUAAUUUUAUUUUACCAUCCUUCUGAUCUGCCCUAAAAAGCCCAGUGCUAUUACUCAUUUGAAUUCAGAUGAGUACUCAGCUUUGUAGUUAUUUAAAGGAUUGCCAAGUGGAACUAAAGAUAAUUAUAUAAUGGUGAAAGUUGCUCAACUUAUUUUUGAUAGAAUUUGAUUAUCCAAUAUAUGAACUAAGAAAUUUAAUUUGAUCUUCCUUGGGUAAACGAGGUUGGAAUAUCUUCUUUUAAUUUAGGAGUGUACAGAGGUAAUUCACUGAGCAUCCUGUGACAAUAAACAACACUUUUCUUAAUCAAUGAGGGGAUGCCAUUGCACAAAACUGUCUAUAUUGAGUCUUGAUUACUUCUGGAUUAGUGGGGAUCGAAUUCCAUUGUUGGAUUGGAUGAUUGAAAGUUAUCCUGUUAACUUUAUCAUUAUCGCUUAAUUAUUUUUUCAUAUACCUUUGUAUGAAUCACUUGUGCCAAACUUCUGUACAUGUUUGCUUAGUACCUGAAACUAAUGUCUGAUUCUAAUCGAACAUUUGAUUCACUGGGGGGUUCAAAAGUUUAUAUCUGUAUGGGAUUGAAGGUACUGAUGUGACCAUUAUAAGUGUAACUCCCACAAGAACUAUUUUGUGAUCAUUGCUCCGUUUAGCCCUUUUCGAAUAUUUAGAUAGAAACGAUUGCUUUAUAAAUAUAUAUAUAUAUAUUUACUUUGAUUAUUGGUAUAUUAAUGCGGAAAAUCUACAUAUUGACUGCUUUUACUCUUCUCUCAGAGACUUCAAAAGACGUCGUCGAAGGGUUUUAUUCGUCAUCUUGACCACAGACUUCCUGCUGAUUCUCAUACGUGCCUCCCUCAUUCCAGGAUGAAUGGACAGACUAAGAGUCAUCCAUUUGCGUUUUCUUUUGCCCCAGUUCCUGCUUUAUUUUUCUUUCUGCAUUUCAAGCUGCUUGUGAAAAGGAAUGCUGGUUCUAAAAGCUUUAAAAACACUGAUGCUAUGCCUUCUCUGGACUGUGAAGAAAGUUAUGAAAAAUCCACCAAUCAGUGUUGCUCUGCAGUGGAGUAUUCUUCUGACAAGUUUUCUGGAAGUGCAACUGAGAAUAUAUGUUCGUCAAGGAAUCAGGCUGUUGUGGGUUCUAGGUGUUUAUCCUGUCCUCAGUCUAAGUUAGAGAUACAUCCUCUUCCCAGUGGCAAUGCCGGUGAUUGCAUCAGGUCCUUCAAAACUUCUCUAAACAAUGGACAUAGUCUGUGUAAAAGCCAUAGAAGCUUAGGAAAGGAUUCCCAAUUUCUUGGACAAUCUUUCUCCAGGUUUUGGUUUGUUGAAAAUCCGUGUAAUCCUUUGCUGGAAGGCAGUUCUUCUCCAGAAGAAUCUGAAGGUGGUUGUGGUUCUUUCUUGAGCACACUCGAUAUUCAGACCCAAGCAGGUGAAUUAGAGGGCGAUAUAGCCGAUAGGAGACUACUAACUGCGAAAAGAUCGGCAUCUGAUUUGCCCUGGAGCAUGGACAUUUGCAGCCCCGACUUGACUUCCCCAAGAACUAUAUGGCACUGGAAUAGGCAAAAUUCUGUUUCAACAUCAGUUGGUCAUCAUUCACAAUUUUGGCCAGAAGAUUGGGAUGAUCUCAUUAAUGGCUAUGAAAAGCCUCAGACCCAGAUAUCAUAUGCAUCAGCCUUUGGAGGUUACGACAUUAGUCCAAAAUCUCUUAGUCAUCACCGAAAAAGACAACCUUAUAAGAGACAAAGAACCAAUAAUGCAAAGGACGCGGUGGUCGGCUCUGAAAGCCUAAUGAAAAAUUUUGAUUCACUAACAUGCAAUGCAAAUAUUCUGGUUACCACAGGGGACAGAGGAUGGAGAGAGUUUGGUGCUCAAGUUGCCCUUGAAUCGGAUGACCAUAAGGACUGGCGGAUAUUGGUGAAAGUCUCAGGGGCUAAAAGAUAUUCGUACAAGGCCCACCAACCGUUGCAGCCAGGAGCAACAAAUCGUUUUACUCAUGCCAUGAUGUGGAAAGGAGGGAAAGACUGGACCUUGGAAUUCACGGACAGGAAAGAAUGGUCUAUUUUCAAAGAAUUGCAUCAAGAAUGCUGCAAUCUGAAUAUCAGAGCCGCCUCAGUUAGACACAUUCCUAUUCCCGGAGUCUCUUUCAUUGAUUGUGAUGAUUUGGCUAAUGAAGUGCCAUUCGUUAGGAAUUCAAAGUAUUUUCGUCAAAUUGGAACAGAGGUUGAUAUGGCUCUGGACCCAUCUCGUGUCUUAUAUGACUUGGACAGUGAGGAUGAGGAGUGUAUUUCAAAAUUAAGAAAUGCAGGUAAUGGCAGUGAGAGUGCAUUCCAGGGGAUCUCUGAGGAGCAAGUCGAGAAGGCAAUGGAUACGCUUGAGAAAGAAGCAUUUGCACAACAUCGCUCUGACUUUACAGAAACUGAGAUAAAAAGUUUAAUGGCCGAAAUUGGGCCAGUGGAAGUAAUGAAAGCUGUCUAUGAGCACUGGUGGCAGAAGCGGCAGAAGAAAGGCAUUCCUUUGAUUCGACAGUUUCAGGUAUGUUUCUUUCUUUUUCCAACUUAACUAAAGUUUUUGAAAAAACUUAUUCAGUAGUUUAGACGAUGAAGUGCUGCUCUCCAGCACUUAACCCUGGGUAUUCUCCCCUAUUCAUUACAUACUUCGCGUCACUCCAUUUCUUGUGUGAUUUUCCGUCACCCAUAUGGUCACAUUUUCUGCAAUCAAAAUAACAUGAACAAUCUCCCCUCAGAAAAUAAGCUCGAGGGUGAUUUUUCGUGAAAUGGUCUUACAGUUCAGUACUUAUGACUCUGCCAAAUAUGUGCCGGUUGGAAUAUACUGCAGUUACUUCUGGAACGAUUUUAAUGGGCAUGCCUGUACAUGUCUUAUGUGUGGAUACAUUAUGCCGUUGGCAGCAGCUUUAUUUAUUCAAAGUUAUCCUACUUUUUAGGCUCACAUUUGCUGUUACCUCAUAGAAAAUGAUAUAGCUGUAAUUUGACAAUAAUAAUAAUGUGGCCUCUUAUGUGUAGAUAUGAAAUAGAUGAAGGUUGUGGACCUUUUUAGGGUGAGCAAAGGUUCUCAUAUUGUACAACCUCCAUAGUUUUCUAGCGUCAUGUCCCUCUUUGGAAAAAAAUGGUUACGAUAUUGCACAAAGAACAUCUACCCAGAUCAGGGAACUGAAAGCACAUUGAACCUUUGGAUGCCCUAGUUAUCCCUCAUUGAAAGGCACAUUCUUAGCUCUCUGUGUUGCAAUCACAGAUCUAUAAUGUGGAACUAUUCUUACCCUAGUCACAUCUAAGCUGAUUUUUGGGUCUUGUUCAGCCUAAGUAAAAACAUCAUCUCUGAUAGCCUGUAAGAGUUAACUGACCUUCCAAGUUAAAAGAAAAUGGCAAUGAGUGGAGUAGGCUCAUUUCUACAACAGCUAGUAUGGGACUAUUCCUAACACUUGUCACUAUCUAGUCGGAUUUCUGAACAAGCGAUCAGCCUAAGAUUUGCAUUUCGGAAGAUGAAUCUGGCCCUUGCAGAACCACUAUUCCGUCUUGGAUGAAUCAGAGCGUUAUGGUGUACUCAGGACAUAAGUUAUGCGCUCAGCAUGCUGAAGUUCUAUUAUCGUGUAACAACUUAGAAUUUGAGUCACCGUUUCACACUCAGUUCGUUGUAUAAAUAGCAUGAUAUUACAUAAUCACAGAGGCCAAUAUUUUUUUCUCCUGGGACCCCAAGCUUGGUCCAUAAUCAGCCCGGUUCAGCUGGUCAGUGUGUUUUUCUGACCAUUUUCAUGGUUAUGUUCUUUAUGUAAAUAUAUGCACUCUCCUUUUUUCUCAAUAUUCUGUGUUAUCGUCAUUUUCAUUCUCUCUCAAAGAAUCAAUGAGGCAACAAGAUUUUGUAGAGAGUUGGGCAUCUCGAUGACUAAGCAAGCAGACCUCAGACGUCUCUCCUUCAGAAUCACUCUGAGCCUGGUUGGGCACUUUGUUUAGCAAAGCAAAACAUCAACAUGCAUCUAAUUACUCACAACAAAACAAUCAAAACUAGUGCGAAAUCAUGCACAUUGGAUUUGGAAAUUGGUUACUACCGAGCUUCAGCAAUCUUAUGUUGCCUUCGAUCCCUCCGUUGCUAUAUAUGAGACUAAUUUCUUCAUAUCUGGAUCUCUCACUGUCCCUUCUUCCUUCCUCUGCUUGUUUCAGCCCCCGUUGUGGGAACAGUAUCAUCUACAGCUGAAAGAGUGGGAAUCAGCCAUGUCCAAGAUGCACAGCGCCCCAAAAGAGCUCCAUGGCAGAACCUCUUCCAUUGAUAAGCCCCCGAUGUUUGCUUUCUGCUUGCGACCGAGGGGCUUGGAACUUCCCCACAAGGAUUCCAAGCAACGGUCCCACAAAAAGUUUCCUUCCAGCGGCCAUCAUAACUCCUCUCCGAGGGACACCCAUUCUCUUCAAGGUCUCUGCCCUUUUCAAGGUCUCUGCCCUUCACCAACCAUUUUUGGCAUCUCACCGGAGAAUUCCUUCUCUUCUGUGACCAGGGAAAAGGCCAAGCAGGCCUUCGCUUUCGAAGGAGAAGUCUACGAUCGCCGUCCCCAACUACGAGUUUCCCAACACCCCGACUUCACUUCAGUCGCCAACUGGAUUCCCUUCACAAGGAUUCCCUUCCCCGUCCAAUAAGAUCAAUUUAGAGAGAAGUCAUCAUGCUAGACUGGACAGAAACAGCUCAAAAGGGAGGACUUCUUCGUCCUCUAGGGACCAGGCGGCCAUGGCGGCGGCAUCAUAUUCUCAGAGGAUGAAGGGAACCGGAGCUUCUCUGCCGGGCACUGGUUUUGCUCCAGACCGCCAAAAGCCUGAGAGAUUUCCGACCCAGCCGGCCGACGCCGACGAGUUCUCACUGCGGGAUGCGUCGAGUGCUGCACAGCAUUCGGCCAAUGUGGCCCGGUUCAAGAGGGAGAAGGCCCACUGGUUGAUGCACAAGGCUGAUCUUGCAAUUCACAAGGCUGUCACGAUACUUGUGGCGGCAGAGGCGAUCAAUUCGUUUGAACAGGAUGAAAGCGAGACUGACAGUGGUGAUCUCGGUGGUGGCGGUGGCGGCGGCGGCGGCGGUGUUGGAGGGUCUGUGAAUGUUUGGCCUGCCAAUUUGAUGAGGCACAGGAGCAGAACGUUGGAUGAAGAAGAAGAAGGGGGGUGCGUUGGAGCUGGACAUCGUCCCUCUGUGGUUUGA